AUCCAGCACACCACAACGGCAGAACCUAAUUUUCUAGCCUCCAACAUUCAAAUUUUCAAACACCCACCAAAUCCCGCUCCUCAACAUUUCUCAAAAUCUCAUCUUUCUUGUUCCAUUCACCAAGAUUUUCCAAGAUUCGAAAUGGGUGGCACUCACAGUCGCGAGGAUCUCGAACUUUCCGACUCCGAAUCUGAAUCCGAAACCGAGUCCCAAUCAUCCCCAGACUCACAGGCCUUUUCGGAUCGAAAAGACCCGGAAACGCCGGCGUCUGUGGAUGAUAUAGACGCAAAACUCAAGGCCCUGAAACUCAAGUAUCAGUCUGGUGGUGCUAAUUUGCAGAAUGCACUUAAGCUUUAUCUUCAUGUGGGUGGGAAUACGCCUAAUUCGAAGUGGGUUGUUUCUGAUAAGAUAGCGUCUUAUGUGUUUGAUAAAAGUUCAAGAAUUGAUGAGGAGGGUGAGGAGGAGGAGGAUGAUGAGGAGUUAGAAGGGAAAGAUUCUUGGUGGGUUUUGAGAGUCGGGUCGAAAAUUCGAGUGAAGGUGAGUGCUGAGAUGCAAUUGAAGACUUUGGGUGAUCAAUUGAGGGUUGAUUUGGUAUCGAAAGGGGUUUGGGCAAUGAAGUUUUUUAGGAAGGAGGAUUAUGAGUUGUUUUUGAGUAAGUAUGAGGAGUGUUUGUUUGAGAAUACGUAUGGGGUUGAGUUUAAUGAUGGGAAUAAGGUUAAGGUUUAUGGGAAGGAUUUUCUUGGGUGGGCUAAUCCCGAGAAGGCGGAUGAUUCUGUGUGGGAGGAUGCUGAGGAGAGUUUCGAGAAGAGUCCGAAGACUGUGACUCCUGUGAGGAGAGGUCAUGAUUUAAAUGAGGAAUUUGAGGAUGUUGCGGAUGGGGGGAGUAUUCAAAGUCUGGCUUUAGGUGCUUUGGAUAAUAGUUUUUUGGUUGGGGAUGUUGGGAUUCAGGUUGUUAGGAAUUAUAAUCACGGGAUUUCGGGGAAAGGGGUUUGUGUCAAUUAUGAAAACGGGAGGGGUAGUGUGGCUCGUUCAACGCCUAGAAAGGCUAUUUUGAUGAAGGCUGAGACUAAUAUGCUGCUUAUGAGUCCCGUGGCUGAAGGGAAGCCACAUACUAGGGGGUUGCAUCAGUUUGAUAUUGAAACGGGGAGGGUUGUCACUGAAUGGAAAUUUGAGAAAGAUGGGACUGAUAUUACAAUGAGGGAUGUUACGAAUGAUAGUAAAGGAGCUCAGAUAGAUCAAGGGUCUACUUUCUUGGGGUUGGAUGAUAAUAGGUUGUGUCGAUGGGAUAUGCGUGAUAGGCAUGGCAUGGUUCAGGAUCUUACUGAGGCUAAUACGCCAGUGUUGAAUUGGGCACAAGGGCAUCAGUUUUCUAGAGGCACUAACUUUCAGUGUUUUGCAACUACUGGGGAUGGGUCUAUUGUUGUGGGCUCUCUCGAUGGGAAGAUUAGGCUUUACUCAGGCAAUUCUAUGAGGCAGGCAAAAACUGCUUUUCCUGGGCUUGGUUUGCCAAUCACUCAUGUUGAUGUUACCUAUGAUGGGAAGUGGAUACUAGGAACAACUGAUACGUAUUUGAUCCUUAUUUGCACUAUGUUCACUGACAAGGAUGGGAGGUCAAAGACUGGAUUUGCUGGGCGAAUGGGAAACCGAAUCUCUGCACCGAGAUUGCUGAAGCUGACUCCUUUGGACUCCCAUAUGGCGGGACUGAACAAUAAGUUCAGGGGUGCCCAAUUCUCAUGGGUCACAGAGGAUGGGAGGCAGGAGCGCCAUCUGGUUGCAACAGUUGGCAAGUUCAGUGUGAUAUGGAACUUUCAGCAGGUAAAGGAUGGUUCUCAUGAGUGCUACAGAAACCAGGUGGGGUUGAAGAGUUGCUAUUGCUACAAAAUAGUUCUAAAACAUGACUCCAUUGUUGAUAGUCGCUUCAUGCAUGAGAAAUAUGCUGUUAGCGAUUCACCAGAGGCUCCACUUGUGGUGGCGACCCCAUUGAAAGUUAGUUCCUUUAGCAUAUCUAACAGGCGAUGAUACAACAUAACAGAAAGCUCUUUGUUAGUGUACGCCGUAGACUUGCAUACUAGAUUGUUUCUAUAUAUUAUUAUUUGAACUUAUGUAAUAGCAGGCUGUACUUUCUGUAUUAUUAAGCUCUUAUGACACUGUUGUCGUUGGUUCUAAGUUCCAAUGAACCCAAUUAUUUAUCUUUGUAUUGAAUCAUGAAUUGCAAAGUAUUAUGUCUUGUAAUGUCUUAUUCUUUUCUUUCUUUA